UCUCAAAGCACCUGGACGAAGCGGAUCUUCACGGAUAUAUGGACCGGAGUUCUGAAGCCCUGAGGAAGCGAACUUUGUGUGGGAAUGUGUUUAAUUAUUUCCCUUCGGUUCGGGUCGGAUUUUAAAGUCCUAAAAACUAAUCUGGGGGGUUGAUUUAGAGGGGCUCUGUUGGUUACUUUGGAAAAUCUCGUUGGAUCAUCUCACCCGACUAACUUUGUGAAUGUUUUCAGAACUCUCAUGGAGAUCCUGCUGGACAGCUUUCAUUGAUUUAUGAGGAUUUAUUUCUCGAGCUGGAGGGCUGACUUUCUUACCUGGACUAGUUUUCGUCCUUUUAAUCUCGGAUAAUGUGAUUUCCAGCUCAUAUAAACGGUUUUAUGGUGUUCAUAUCAGACUAGGUUCAAUGAUGAUUUCGGAGGAGAGAAACAACCCUGUUAGUAAACAGACUCUGAACUUCCCUGUGGGUUUACUGAUCCGCUCUCCAAAGAAGAGACUGGCCAAACUGGGGAGGAAACCCAGCAAUGGAUCACUACAGUAAGUCUCUCAACUGUUCACCACACUCAUGAUUUAAAACUCUUUGAAAACAUAAUGAAAUGGUUUGUGUCAGUCUGUAAAGCACUUUUUCAGAAAAGGCUUCUUUUUGAAGUGACAUAACCCCACUUAAUAUAGUUACAACAGUGUCUAACUUUACUUUACUGAGUCUGGGCCCAAAAGUCUUAUUACAUGUGUUAAAUUAUACUAAUAACUGCACAGAGUAUAACACUUUAAUCAAUUUGAUAAGUGCUCACAAAAACUGCAAAACACCAGGGGUGGAAAUAAUAGUCUGACUGUUUCAAAGUUUUCACUUAAAGCUCCUGUGAGGAUUUUUUUUAGCUAGUCAUGAAAAAGCCUGAAAUUAAUAUUGUUGCCUCUUUAUUACUAACAAAAACUAAACAAGACUUUUGGUAUAAAGGUUGAUUCAUUUUAGGGGUAUUUCUGACAACUGAAAAUGCUACCGAGGGUAGGUGUCAAACAAUGUGAUUGAGUCCAUGCUGCCAAAACAUACACCUGUUUUUCAUUUUCCACUGCAAAGGUCCUUUAAAAGUGAUCAAUCUAAUCUUGAAUGGGAUUUUAUGAAAGUUUUUGUACCAGGUCCUGGGUAUGACCUUCAAACCUACAGUGAGGAGGGUCAAGAGAGGAAGGUUUGCCCCCAGAUGAUGAAAAAGCUAAAAAAAAUUUAUCACAAUGUAGAACAAUGAUAGCCCUAUACCUGUUGAGGGUGUAGUACCAUAUUUUUCGCACUAUAAGGCGCACCUGAUUAUAAGGCGCACCAUCAAUGAACGCGUCUAUUCGCGUCUAUUUUCAUACAUAAGGCGCACUGGAUUAUAAAGCGCAUUAAGCCAAACAAAACAGUCAAUAACUCCGCAAGGCUCCGGUAGCUGCAGUGCUCCGACAAGCCAAAAGGAUUUUAAGUGCGCCUCAUAGAGAGAUGCUUGAACCAAAGUAACCUGGUCGACGUGCCGCACAACUGAGUUCUACUGUGAGUUGUGAUGUUCACUGAAAGUCCAGACACUGUUCCUCAGAUUCAGCAAACAAAAAAUUUAUUGCAAUGAACCUAACCAAAUCCAUUUUGCAUUUGAUAUCCAACACUGAACAAACAAGGAAAACGCCGGUAGUUACGCCACAAUGGCCAGAAACUUUUUGCCCUUCCGGGUCAAACACCUGCCCACAACAGUGACAUGGCUACCUUUAUUCCUGAGCCCCUAGAUUACAAGACAGCGACACCCAUCGCACAUAAAGUGAACUGCAACUCAUUAUACAUCAACAUAUUUGGCUCCUACAGAUAACUUAUUUAGAGGUUGAAGUUCUUAAAACAAGUCCACAUGCAUGACUGCAGCAGCAUAUAUGUUUAAGACUUGUCUGUCAUAAUGUUUCCUCUUCAGGUCCAGUAACUCCGACAGCAUCGUCCGCUCCUCAGACAGUGCCGUAGUCCGCCAGCCAGCCAAAAGUAAAAUCCGCCGCCACAACAACAGGCUCUCAAAUGUUUUUAACCACAGUCCAAACCUGCGGGACAACGGACGCCAUGGCCCAGCGUCAGGUGCCGGAGGUGUGGCUGGUGAUUUGCAGGCUGCAGAUGACCCAGCAGAGCUGUCUAGUCAGAUGUCCGUCCCCGGCAUCUUGAAGAUCUUUGGCAGCGACAUCUGUCAGGGGACCAACUACAAAAGUGUGCUGGCCACCACGCAGUCCAGUGCCAAGGAGCUGGUGAAGGAGGCCUUAGAGAGGUAAGAGGGGAGGGGUUUCAAACCAUCUGAGAGCAGGUUUUAUAUUACAGAUCUGCCAGCUAGACUACACCUGACAGCCUCAGAUUAAGCUUUGAGAUUUAAGCCUGAAACCUGAAACAUAUACUGAGUAUGUCAAGAAACACAGGCUGUGAAACAAGAACUACAACCCAAACUGUUAAAUCUUCAGAAACAGGCUUAGGAACUUUACACUUUGAAGUAAUCAGUCAUAAAAAGCACAAUAUGCAAUGAAGAGAAAUGCUACAUCUGUGCCUCAAAUAUAUUUGAAACCGGACUUCUGUAAAGAGCUGUUUUAGUUGGAUGAAAGUGGCAGCAGUAGUGAAAUGUUUGCCAUUGUUCAAGCUCUUAAUCAAUCAAUAAAUACCCCCUGUCAAUCCCAGCUUUUCAAACAGGGAUUCUUUGUUUGUAUUCUUGAUUUUAUAACAACCUGAAAGUAUUUAGGGUUGGUCUGUUUGCUAAUUUAAGACUUUGCCCAUGUCCCUGGCAUUGUUAUUCAGAGCUUCUUGUAAUUUUCUUUAAUCUCAAACUUAAAUAAAAGUCAGCAAUUGUGCUAGCAUCUCUUAACAAGGUGCUUUGAAGCUGGUAAAAGUUCUACAAGCUUUGCUGCGUUUAAAUAGCUUGUCACCUUGCCAACUUUUGUCCAAAUAAAAGCAUCUAAGGACAAGUUUUAUGCCAUGAUUGCACUCGCUUCAAAUUGAAGCCUUAAGUAAUUACAGUAAUCUCAAGAAGACAACAGUUGUGUGCAUGGAAUUCAAGGCAAUAGAGUUAUUUUAGUCAGCACUUAAGUAGCAGCCCAAUACGAAUUCAUGCAUUUUUGACAUUAUGGCACCAUAAUGGAAAAAAACAGACAAAAAGUAUUUCUCUUUUUGUAUUUCAGUAAUGGUCAGAUAAGAAGAAGAACAGCUAUCUCAGUUUUGGAUGGUCUGAAGCCACCAUCCUCAUCCCAUCCCCCUCCCCAUGUCUAACUUUAGUCAACUUCUUCUCUAACUGUCCCCCUUGUAUCUCAGGUAUUGUCUGGAAAAAGAAGACCCCAGCGACUAUGUGCUGUGUGACGUGAUUGGACAGACAGGGACAGAUAACCAGUGGAGAAGGGAGUGUUUCAGAGUUGUGGGGGACCAUGAGAAGCCUCUCAAGCUUCAGUCUCUGUGGAAACCAAAAGAAGGAUUCUCCAGACGCUUUGAGAUCCAGCUGAGAGCAAGCGUGGAGGAGCAGAGCCUAAAGGACCGAGACACAGUCACAGCAGGUAAACAUCCACACCCUGCACACUCUCACACUUUCCCCUGUCCUCCCAAGGGACCACAGAUUGAGCCUCCCAUCAAACCGUCCUCAGUGAUAAACCUCUGUGAUCUUGACGUUCCCCUCAUUAUAAAUCACUGAGUCUGUUUUCAUGUGGAGCUUCUCCCUGCUCUGUGGCUACAGGCUCACAGCCUCAUUGUGCAGCUUAUCAGUGGGCCAAGCAUAGAGGGAGAGAGAGUGGGAGGUCAGAAGGAACAAAAGCAGCAUGGGGGGGCACAGGAGGUCACUGUGGCCCCUCUCUUAUCUCUGUUUUAUUGCAGGGCCCAUUAGGGCCCCAUGAAACGUAGAGGCAGCUCUGAAUGUGUCGGCUUACGUUGUUAUUCUUUCACUCAGAGGUCACUUCCUGCUCUCUGAGCAGCCAUGUUGACUCUGGCACAGCUCUGUUGGUACAGUGUUUUUUUUCUUAUCUUUGGUACUGAUGUGUUGGAAAUUCCUCCUGAUUGCAGAUUUGCACAAACAAGAUUAAGGCUUGAAAUUUGAUUUCUGUUGCUUUUAUUUUUCCUGUUUUAGAUAAUACUCUGUGGGAAAAGUGUGAAGUGUUGAGUUUUUGUCAUUAAAGCAAGAGCCUUUUUGCUAGAAUCAGUUUUAGUGAUUCACCUUUAAACUCCCCAGUGAAAGCUCAACUUAGUCUGAUGCAGAUGAAACAAAACUUUAAGAAGUCCAAAACAAAUAAAUAUGGAGAGGGUUGAAAUUUUGGAAUAAUAUAGGCAAGGUCCCCAGAAGACAGAGGUCAACACCUGUCCUCUAUCGGCCUCUGAGUGUGCACAGGUGUGUGAUUUCUCAUGACAUCUUGGAGGCUAUUAAUAUAUCAUUGCAGUGUCCUCAUGCUGGAACCUUGACGUUAAGGUCGGCAUACAAAUAAAUUGUGUCUUUUCUGUUUCUAUGACAUACUUUAUAAGUCUAAUUAAGUGUUUUCAUAUACAAGCUGCUCUUUACAAAUUGCACCUAGAGGUAUUAAGAAAGUUGCACAACAUGGAAACUGGUCACCUAUCCAGUUUAUGGCCACACAGUUGUUAACAAUAUGGAAAACAUCAGUGUAGUAUCUAUGUACUCCUUAUGGUCUUCUUUAUUGGAUGUUUUGGGAAGAAAGUUUGGCCAAUAUUAACAAAAGCUAACAGCUAUGUUUUGAUUGUAGUUUGAAUAAAACAUGAUUUAGUCUCAUUGACAUCCCCCUUUGGUUUCUGAGGAGGUGUCAUGAAGCUUAAAUGGCGACUGCCCCGUUGGAAACGUUGACUAACUUCCAGCUAAUUUGUACUUUGGAAACCAACAGAAAAGGUUUAGUUGAGGCAUUAGCCAGCUGGCUAACAACUACAACAUACACACCUGUCAACCAAUUCAACUGCCAACCAAAGGACAAGCAAAAAAGGAAUGUAGCGCUUUGAACAAGUGUGUCAAGAAGGGCUUUACAACGUUAAAAAUAAGUGGCAAGAAAGUCACAAGUGCCAAAAAUAACUUCAUUUUAACAGGUGAGGUGAAAUAAACUUUGCCAUUCAGUGUUCAUGAAGAGAGAAAUGAGCUGGAAAGACCAAAACUGUUUUAAGUACCAAACUGUAAACAUGUUUUUCUCUUAAUGGCUCUAACAGUGUGUCCUUAACCUUUAAAGACAGCCUCACCCAUAAAGCUGCAUUUUUCAACCCUGGAAGUUGCUGUGUGGUUGUGUUGGUGCUUUAAAAGCCUCAUACUUCAUAUCGGACUGCUUUACCAAAAGGGCAAUCACUGCCAAAACCAAACUUGAACAAGUGCUCCUUCAGUAAAGUGAUGGUUUGACUGAGAUUUAGCAUUCGAGUCUCCAGCCACUGAGGAACAAUAUUUAGACUGAUAUUUGACACUCAAACUCAAACAUGAAAAUCAAAGAAGCAUUUACAUACCUCUAAAGGAAGGAUGCAGCCUGAGCUAGCAGCUAAUUAGCUUAACUUGGCAUUAAGACCUGAAAAAGCAAAAACAGCCAUCCUGGCUCUAUUUUACUCUUCCUCCAGCACCUUUUAGGCUCACUGAUAAGGACCUCAUUAUUGCUCUUUAGUCUGUGCAGAAACUAAAGCGUGACAAAAACAACACUCUUUUAUGAUCCAGACUAAUUCUUGGCUCUGAGCAGGCCAGGAAAUAGUCUGGAACAUUGCCUCUAUAAAACGGCAAUGUUUUUUUUUUUUUGCCCAGAUUGAACAAACAAGAUUUAGUUUGUUGAUUAUUGAAAUUGAAGGUGCUGGAAAGACCGUUUUGUUACAUUUGGAAAGAGCUAGCAAAGCUGUUUCCGUCUGUUUCCAGACAGCUACAAAAUCCCAGUGCAGAUGAAUAGGUGAUAUCAGUCCUCGAACAGAAAAUGGACACGUUUCCUGAACCAAACUGUUGCUUGCAUUGAUGUCUUUAGUCAUGUGAGCAUAAGCAUCAAAAUUCUUCACCUCUAGAUUUUAACAGACUUCAGACUGAAAUGUCCUGUCUUACUCAAACUCAGGUUCUUGUAGUUCUCUCUGAUCCACCUCCCUUUCCUCCCACACAUCAAGCUCACAGGCUUUCCCUGCACACUGUGAGUGUUUGUGCCACCCUCCUGCUGAACAUUGUAGAGAACAGCCGUUUCCACAGCUGAUAAAGGAGCAGAGAUUAACGGCUCCAAACCAGCUGAAUGGUGUUUGUGUUACGUCAGGCGGGCCGAGCGCAUGUUUCCUCUGCUUCCUCUGCUUCAGGUUUUAUCUGAACUCAGGCCAAAAAAAGUCCUGUACCAGAGAGACUUCAACAAGAACUUUAGUCAGGGUUCAGUUUUUGGGUGGCUGAAUUUUUACUUAAAGCACAGCAGGAUCAUUUAGAAGACACAUUUUAUGCAUAAAACAGAGUAAAACAGAUGAUUGAGAACGUGAAGAACAUAAGGGACAUCAUGUAGUUCGGCCAACUUGUGUUAUUUCCCUUUUAUUUCAGUUGUGUGAAGUUGAAUCAUUAUCAAGUUUCAUAAAGUAAAUAAUGAAAUGUUUAGAUUUGUCGUAACCUUCGCUAACAUAUUUUUGUUGUCGUCAUCAUCGUCAGGGAUCAAUGCUCAGGCCCGUAAACUGCAGAAGACCCGCAGCAGGGUGGCGUCCCUGUUUGUAGACAGCAGCUUGGACGACGUGGACGGACUCGGUGUAUGGAGGAGUUUGAGCGAGAUGGACCUGUCCGCCAUGGGGAAGGAGGCGGAGCGAGCGAGGCAGAGCUCCACCCUCAGAGAAGACCCCGAGCCAGAAGCCGAUAAGGAGGAGCUGAGACUGGGUCAGGAGAAGGAGGAGACGGAGAGCAGCGACGAUAACACCACCCAGUACUCCAUCCACCCGCCAUUUGACUUCCCAUACUUCCUGCUACUACAGGGCUACAACCACAGACAGGUGAGGGGCUGAUUAUGAUACAUGUCAGUCAAUAAUCAUGAAAUAUUGAUUGAUAUUUGAUGAUCCAUUUACAACAGGUAAAGCUUGCUGUAAAGUGUAACAUUAGCUAGGCUAGCAUAUCAAGCAGUGAAUGUUUAAGAAGAUUUCACUGUAAAAUCACCCAAGGUACUUUAACACAGCAGAGUAUUAGGGCCACAUUAAGAAAAAAAAAUGUAAGAGAUUAAAGCCGUUAACUUGUGAGAAUAAAGUAAUUUCUUACAAGAAUAAAGACAUAAUCCAGUAAUUAUUUAUGAGAAUGAAGUCGUAAUAAGAGAGUAAAGUCAGAAUAAAGUCCUUAUAUUCUAACCUGUUGUUUAAGAUGGCAGUUGUUAAAAUUAGAGCCAUGGAGCAUUUUGUGAAAAUGUACUUCAGUACAGGUUUCUAAACAAGGAGAUACUUUAUCUUUUGGCACAUCAGCACCACAUUAUUGUAAGUAUCAUAAUGAUUUUAUUACGACUUUAUUCUCGGAAGUAAUUACUUUAUUACGACUUUAUUCUCAUAAGUCAUGAUUUUAUUACGACUUUAUUCUAGUAAGUUAUUACUUUAUUUUUGUAAAUUAACAACUUUAAUCUCCAAGUCUCAAUUUUUUUUCCUCUUAAUGUGGCCCUGUUACUCCAUUGUACUUUAAAAUGGACAUGCACAGAUAAAGGACUGUAUCACUGUAUUUUAGAUGAGACCACUUUCUUUUGUUGAAAGAAUCGACUGGUUGCAUGAAAUAGUUGUAUUUGACAGUAUGGCUCUGUUCUGAGGGCCUUCUGCUUUUGAAGGCCAAAGCCUGCAGCAAAGAGAGCACACCUCCUGUCUGUUUCAUAUGCACACAUAGAGAGCCAUGGUAGGGAGAGCAGCAGCAAAGACCGCCAGCAUCAGUAACAAUACAUAUGACACUGUUAAAAUCAGACACAACAUAAAAAGGAGAUGAGUCGGUUGGAGGCAGGUUUCAAUGUCAUUAUGACGGAGGGGGUGAGAGAAGUCAGGCUGAAGCAGUUUUAAUAGAAGAGUCACUUUGACCUUUACCAGUUGGAUUCAUAGGUUAUUGACUGGGAUGCCAGCUGAUAUGGGCUGGUGUUGUUAUCUGCAGACAUACUGUGGGCUGAGCUUGACUGUCAUGGCCUGCCUGAACUAGCACUAUGCAUAAUUAAACAAACUACCGUGCACACUCUGUUACACCAGGUUACAAAAGUCAUUGUUAACUAGGAAUUCUUUAGUAAUACAGCAAUAGUAAUUACACUCAGUUAAUGUUUUUUUCUGAUCUGUCUGUAGUUUAAUCUGUUUUUGAAAAAAUCAUCUUGGAAGAAACACACCACAACAUUUGAUAAGAUUUAACAAUAUAACCCGGUUUGCCCCAUUGAGAGAAUCAGCAGCACAACCUCAACCUAAACAACAGACUCUUACAGGAAGAUAAAAUAUAAUCUUAAAAUGACCAGUCAAAACAUUUACACAUGGACAGUCUGCACACUAAAGGGCGCUGAGUUCACUUAAAGUCUGAAGGUGUGUUGGCAGGUGGAGAAAGCAGGAGCUUAGCAGAGACACUCAGGCGUUAAAACCUUCAAUCCAUCACUUACCUGUCCUUAAAGACCUGAAGGAGAAUGUGUCACAGAGCUCAGAUUAUCUGCAACAGUCAGGAAGCCUUCAUCUCUCAGAGAGACUCUGGCCCAGACUGAACCUGUCCUUUAGAGACACUUAGGGGACAAGCUGUUUGUGUCUGCAUCCCUCAGAUAGGACACAUUGAUAGACAUACUGACUCAGACCAGCCGAGGACGUUCAAACCACAACAAAAACCUGAUUAUAGACACACAGCAGCUAUUCCCAGAGCUUAACAACAAACACACACUUUAACUACAGUCAUCUACAGCACACCUCAACUAUCAUAAAUCUUCCCUGAGACACAUGUGAGCUGAAAUGGUGCUGUUUGAAUCUCUUAGUUCAUGUUUGAUGGUAAACCACAGCGUCAGGCUGAGGUUUAGUUCCUUUCUAAGAGCACUGAGCUGAUCUCUCUCUCUGUGUUUAUCCCUGCUGACAGUGAGCUGACUGAGCAGAAACAUGGAGACCAGCAGAUCAGAGUCAGUGACAGUUAACACGGGGCAAAAACAGAGAGACAACACCACAAAAAAAGAGUAAAUAUAACUAGAAUAAUAUACAGAUAUGAACGCUCUCACUUAAAACUGUCAUACUUUAUAAGGUUAAACGAAAAUGCAUGUGGGUAAUUAGACUAAGUUUCCAUGACUAAGUUUACUGCUAAAUAAAAUAAAAAGACAUUGAAAAUCCUUCUUCUUUUUAAAUCUUUAACUUAGAUAUCAGAGGGCGUAUGUUUUUUUUUAAGCAAUUGUUCAAUAUAUUAAUAUUAAUAAUAUUGAUAUUAACUAUUUGUGGCCUCAUUUGUAAACCAAUAACUGUCACCAACUAUUGAGAAAAUAACUCUAUUUUUAGGUCAUGUGAGCAUACAAAGAAUUACUCCAAUCAUCACACAUUACUGCAAAUGACGUUUCAUAUUUUAAGUAAUUUUGUGUUUUUCAAUCAAGCAGGUAUCAUGAUGUUUUCUUAUUAAAGUCCUUAAAAUGAUACCUUAUCAGAGAGCCAGUGUAUGAUGUAUAUUAUCCUUAUCAUGGGCCACGUCAUUACAUAUCAUAACAAAUUGUAUUGAUUUGUAUCACACCAUAAUAUUCUAUCAUUAUUGAGGCAUAUUUUGUCAUAUAUCAUACCAAAUUGUAUCAUAUUUCAUAAUAUCAUAGUUUCUUUUGCUAUAUUGUGUUGUAUUUUUUCCACUGAAUUGCACCAUAUUGUAACUUUUGUUGUUUUGUGUCCUACCAUAUACUUUCAUGUUUCAUCAUAUACCAUCCAAGUCUAUCCUAUACUAUUGAACUGUUUAAAUGGCUGGCAUUGUAUUGAGGUGUGUGGUAUUGUAUUGUUUUAUACCAUGUUAUGUUGUAUUAUAUAGUCCUACAUAGAUUUGCAUUGCACUGUAUUGCAUUGUGACAUACCGUACAGUAUCUUAUAACAUCCUAUCCUGUUAUUUCUAAAGUUGCACAGAUACUUCAGCCCCUAUAUUUAACAUAUAUUUUCAUGGUCAAUUAUUUGUUGAUGAAUCUAUUCAUUGGUAGGUAUAUAAAAUAUCAAACUAAGAGAGAAAUGUGGACCAAUGUUUCCCAAAGGUCAAGAUGAUGUCCUCAAAUGUCCACAACCCCAAGAUUUACAGUUUACAGUCACAGAGGAGAGAAAACAGAUUCCUAAAAAUAUUCAUAUAAAAUAAAAAGGAAACAAAGCUGAACGGACAGAGCUGCACUGCAAUGAUUAAGUAUCAUGUCCUAACUAAUGCUCUUAAUGUGCUGACCUGAGGUCAAUGACAUUACAGCGUCUCUCUCAUUAGCGUUUCCUUUCUCGUGUGUCCUCGCACUGCCUCCUCAGGUUGUCUUGAUACCGUCUGAUCUUGCUGCAGUUCACACGCACACGACUGGAUUGCUACCAAUAUGUUACACAACAAACACCAAAUCCAUCUUAUACACCAAACAACGACAACAGGAAGCUUCCUUACUUGUGGGAUUUUACCAGGAUGCAGUUUUGGACUUUUUAUCAUGUUUCAAUAGUAAACUUUUAAACUGACAAUCUUAGAGACCAUGAAUGACUUUAAGUCGUACAUUGGUUGAAUUGGUUUCAUUCUGUGGUUGUUUAAAACUUUUACUGCGAGUAGCUGACAAUUCUGGAGGUAAAAAAAAAAAAAAAAAAACAGACCGAAUGAAGCCCAACUUCUGUGAUGAGGCUGAAGACGAGAUCUUGGAGUUUAUGGAUCGACAAAUUUCUUUGCAGAGUGUGGCUAACAGUAGCAGAGCUAGCACCACCAACCUGGAGCAGGUCACAUCUGAAGCACUUGAUUUCAGUUUGUUCUAUUGAUCACAUCAGCUUCAACUUAUGAUGCUUUAGGAUUCAGGCGGAUUGAGAAGAACAUUUUAUUGACUGAAAAGUUUUAAAAGCAUAUUUAAUUGUAGGUAAAAAACAAUAUUCAUGAAUGCCCAAAAUGAUUAACACCUGUUGUCUUCUUCUUGUUCAGGAUUUUGUGAUCUAUCUGAUGAGCGGGAGCAGCACCAUCUUUGGCUGCUGCAGGGAGCACAGUACAGGUGAGGAUGAGGAGAGGCUAAAAGUGGACAUCCUCCUCUUUGCCCCUGAUGUCUUACCUCAGCACUGCUGUGUCAGACGCCUGGACUCUUCCACCCCCACCUCCACAGGAGGGCCCAAAAAAACCCUUACCCUGCUUAAGCCCCUUCAUGGGGCCCCUGUCACCAGAAACGGAUUCCUGCUCAAAGAAGAGGAGGAGUUGAACCCUGGGGACCUGGUGGGUUUGGGAAAACACUACCUAUUCCUGUUCAAGGACCCUACCUGCACCUCAGGACCCCAUCAGACCCCUCCAUGGAUGAGCAGACUCUGUCCAAACUCUGACUCUAAGACUUCUUGUUCCUCAUGUGGCUCUUCUGUGGGAAUCAGACGGUUCCAUAAGAAGUCCUUACCUCCUCCAUGGAGAGACCUGGAGGGGACCGAGGCUGUGCUUGUGUACGAGCUGGAUCAGGAGGAGCAGGUCCUACAGGAGGUUCUGGCUAUGUUGGACCCUAGAGGAGAAGGACCAAAGCUCACACCAGCUUUCCUGCUGAGUCUGUGCAUCCAACACUCAACUACUACUUUCCCUCUGACUCACCUGAGACAGCUGCUGCUCUGCAUUGCCAACCAAAUCCAGCUGCUAACCUGGGUGAGAACCACACUCUGUUCUCUAUUCAUAGAUCCCUUUAUCAGUGUCUUAUAUUCAGUCUGUAAGAGUAAGAGUAUAUUUUCCGCCCAGCAUGCCAUCAUGGUUUAACACAAGGUAAAUGAGAGAGUUGGUCUUAAAUGAAAACAUGUGCAUGAAACAUGUUUUUUUUUCCUUUCAGGAGAAAACAAAAGAACUUGCAGCAAUGCAGCCUGAAACGAAGUGAGUAUACGAAGCAUUUAUCAUUUUCAGAAUGUUCCAGAAAUACCCUGUAACGACACUGAGACACAAAAAGCAGAGCAGCUGUCUGCGAUGAUAUACAACACCACGGACACACUGCGAUACCUUAAAUUUAAACAAAUGUAGCUUGUGUAGCUCACGAGUCAAAGUACCUCAUUAUACCUGAGCUGAGAUAUAUUGACCUGCCAAGUCUAGAUGUAAAACUUAAUUGAAGAUUUCAUAGAGCCAAGGCUUUAAUUAACUUUGAUUAUUUUGAGUUAUUUUUAAAGCCAAGUAGGGAAGUUGCAGUUGUGUAAAUUUUGACCUAACCCUGUGGACAAAGUAGUCUUUGCUUAUCUUGUCCGCUACAUGCUAAAGUCGAGUCAUCAGACAAAAAAUCUCAUUCUGUUGACUUUUGAUUGUGAAAAACAUCACUGAGGCUGAUCACUACAUGUUAAAAUUGUAAAACCAUGGCUGGUUUUUCAGCAGCUUGCCUGACACCUACCCCCUUGCAUCAUUUCCAGCAUUAAAAAUUUAGACAUAAAAAUUUACAAUCUUGUCAAGAACGGUCUUUUUUUUGUUUUUGGGGAUCAUGAAGAGACCUCAGUAUUUAUAUCAGUCUAUUUCAUAAGUGUCAAAAAUCCUUUGCUGGAGCUUUAACAAAUAAGUUGGGGUGUUUCUGUAAACUUAUGGACUCAUCAGGUAAUGACUUAUGUUGUUUUUGCAUCAAAGCUAACCUGAGAGUAACUCUUUUUCACAGCAGACAUUUUGGGCAUAUAAAAAAUAACAAUUAAUAAUUGAAGAUUGUGCAUAAUUAAUGGUAACAUGAUUGCGUGAUCGGUCUUUUUUGAGAUUUUCCUCCCAGAUUUCUGGCUUUAGGUCUGAUGUUUGUGGACAAGGUAGCAAAGCUGCUCUCUGUAAAAUAAGUGUAAUUUUGUUGCGUUAAGUGUGUCAUUUGAGAUUUUAAGAAAGUCAGUUGAAGACAGUGUUGAACUAUCAAACAGUCGAUGACACUGGGACAGUCUCAGACCACAGCUGUGCUUCCAGAGAAAGAAAGUAAUAUCUUCAGAUAAUCACGUAAUGCGUGGAACACUUGAGUCUGCACCUUAAAUGGAAAUGGAAAUUUUUAAGGGGAAGUAAAAUCAAGAGUUUAACUGUAGUUCAUUACUGACAGAGCUUUUCAUUAAAACUGAGAAAACCUUUUUGAGUCAGUGUGAAGUCAGACUGAAAUCUGUUGUCAUAGCAAACAUGAUGGAAGGAAACAUAUUGCGUGUUUAUAUUAAAACUGUUGUUGGAGACAGAGGGUUUAUGCAUGUGUAAGCUUCUCUCAUCAAACACCUGCCUAUUUCAUGAAACACAAGACAAAUGUUUCAUGGAGGCACAAAGCUCUUUACAAAACAAAAUCUAAUACUAUUGUGUAACAAAAUUUGUCAUCAAACACAUAUAUGAACACAAUUUUAAAACAUUAAAGGAAACGAAAAAAUAUAUAAACAAUAUUUCUUGAUCAAAAAUUCAGAAGUGAGCAACCUCCAAAAAAAAAAAAAAAAAAAAAUCUCAAAAUGCAAAAGUAAGAAGAAAUAUUUUACUGGUGAAAAAAGUUGUCUUGGAGCAAAAAGAAUUUCCGCAAAACAAAAAAGAAUUUCGUUUUGUAUCAUAUUAAAUAUUUAUAGUAAUAUGAUUUUUUUUGCUCCGUAAAUGUUUUAGUGUUUUGGAGAAUAUUUUGUGUUUUAUGAAAUAUUUUUUUUCUUCUUAAAUUAUUUUACUGAGUAUUUUUUCAUUUGGUGAUUUUUUGGUGUUCAGUGAAAUAUUUUUGCAUAUGAUGAAAUUUGUCACUGUUUAUUGAAAUAUUUUUAUUUUGUUGAAAUGCAUUUGUACUCAAUGAAAUUUGUUAUUUUGUGGUCAUGAAAUGUUGAUGUGAUUAACCCUCUGAGCCACCGUACUGUCAGUUUAAAUGUAAAACUAUCUCUAGAAAGGAUGCAAACUAAAACCAGACUUUGACAGUCAAAUUCAUAUACAACCAACAGACUGAUGACUUAGUGAACAGCCGGCUUUGGGCUGAGCUUUUGAACCUCCAGAAAACCAGCCUCCUGAAUUAGUCUGUGUCAAGUUUUAGAGGAAGAAGCUGUUUGGCUGAGGCACACCACUCUCUCAGAUUGCUUUAGCAAAGAUUCUGUUCUUGUCCAUCAGGAUUUCCUCCGACGUUCAGUCUGAUCUUCAGCGUCUCAGCAUGUCAGAGCUGAUCUCAGGUCUGCAGCCGCUCAUGCUCUGGAUGUCAAACUCCAUUGAACUGCUGCACUUCAUCCAGCACAGUGUGCCCCAGCUGAUCCAAAAGGAAGGGGAAGAAGGUACAAAAAAAAUGACACACUUUGAUGUUUACCCCAAACAUGCCUGUCAGAGCUGCACUGUAUGUGUGUGUUUAAUUUUAUCUAAAUGUAUGUGUGUGUGUGUGCUGCAGUUGUGCCAGAUUCUGAGAUGUCCUCCAUUCGGAUAGCCUGUGAGGAAGCCAUGACAGUCCUGGAGGAAGUCAUCAUGUUCACCUUCCAGCAGUCUGUCUACUAUCUCACAAAGGUCAGCUCACACACACAAUAAAACACCACACACUUUAAGGUCAGCUCACACACUUCCAUGGAAUAUGCCACACAAACUGAGGUAAGCAUCCACACGUUCAUACAUUACACUUCUCCAGUGAAGUCCCGCACACUCCCACGAUGACAUCACUGUUUCACUCCCUGCCGAGCUGUAGAAUUAGAGCGACGGGUCACAGGAAAUCUGACUGUAUAAACACCAUGUUCUGUUUUCAUUCAGACAGAAACACAAUCACAGACUGGAAACUCUGAUUUGUCUGUCAGGCUCAGGCAGGAAGCCGCCUGUGAGACAGUGAGCAGGGUGAAUUUUCCACCAAUGGGAACGUAAACAAAAGUGCAAUUCUAUCUCUCUGGUUCGUUUGAUAAGACAACGAGAAUGCCUGAUAAAGUGAGAAUUCCUGAAGUUACAUUUACACGUAAAGAACCAGGAACUUUUGGUACCAAGAACUGUUUGCUAAAGGAACUCAAAGGUUCUUGGUUGGUCUGUUGUUCUCCAGUUCCACAGCAGUCCACAGACCCUUAUGAUAAGUCAGCAGACAUGUAUAAAGUGCUUUCAGGUGUGUUUGUGCUCUACCAGUCUGGGCUGUUUCUGAAAUUUGUUGCAUGUAUAAUCUUGGGAUCAGGCAACUGAAGACGUUGUCAUAAGAAACAGGAAUUCAAAAUACUAAAGAAGGCGAGGGAAGUGAACAGAUCUACAUCAUCUAACGUCCUCAUGAAAAGGUCAAAGGUCAUGUUUUUCUUUGGCUUAGAAGAGAAGUUUAGCUGUGAGUAAUUGGCUUGGUAAAGGAUCUUGAAAGACUUGAUUCAAAGCCUUUAUAAGGACAUCAGCAAGGGUCCUAAGAUGGAGCCUUGUGGAACACCAGACAGAAACAAAAAUAAGGAAACCAGAUCAUUCUGAACCCACUUUUAGAUCUUUAAACCAACACUAAAAUGUGAACCAACACUUUAAAAAAAUUGAAGAGCAUUUUAGUAGCACUCAGUGUGAUUUGCUUGAUAAGGGGUGUUGAAAAUCUUGACCCAAAGCCUUUGUGAGGACGUCAGUAAGGGUCCCAUAACAGAGUCCUGGAGAACACCAGACAGAAACCGGAAAGAAGGAAAAUGGAUCAUUUUAAAACAAUUAGGUCGUAAAACCUCAUCUCGAAUCUGGAAAAACUGUUAUAUAAAAAUAUUUAAAGUCUGUGAAAGCAGAAAGUUUGUGUCUGAGUUUGUACACCAGACUGCUGCCAGACUUCCCGUUCAGGAGCCUGACAGGACCCUCCCAGGCUGAUUUAUGAGACUGUCACAAGUUAAAGCUGCUUAUUAAAGUCUAACUGUAGAAAACACACACCGCCCUGCGCACACUCACUGCUCCUGCUUCCCUUUUCCAUUCAGUGCUGCUGUUUUCAGGAACACUGCUGCCUCCUCAUUUAUGGUAAACACCCCUUUUACCGUCCAGCUUAGGCUCAACCAAAAAAAAACUCACUUUAGUGUCAUCCUCCAUGUCUCUUGAUAGACAGAGCUUUUGCGUUACCUCUGCCUGUUGAGCUCUGUUUAAAUCUUUAUUAUGCACUCCAAUCCCUGUUAUAAUCAGAGUGUUUUAUUUUGAUGUCUUUGGUGGCAUUUAUCCUUUUUGCAGUGAGUGGGAGGUGUGUGAGCUUCAGUGUGUUUCCUGCAGAGGAAGAUGAAAUGUCAGUGGAGAGGAACACUCAAUAGGAGAAACACCGGAAGUGGGGAGGGGAAAAUCGUGUCUUUCUGUUAAUUUCCUGCAAAGUGGAACUGAACGUUGAAAAAUAUCAUUUCUUUACUUCUUCUUUCUCUUUUCGCUGAGUCAACAGAAAAUAAAUAGGUCAGAGGGUUCACGCAGGAGUUAGCGAGCUGGUCAAAAUUAAAGAAGGAAAACACAGAGGAUAAACUGUGUUUUGUGAUUUGAGUGUGCAGUAAGAUAUGUGAAAAAUGUAGUACACAGUGUUUCUGAGUCAGAACCCUAUGUGGUCUCUUUAGCUGGUCUCCAUGGUAAGCAUUCAUCGCCUUCAGAUAUCUCCUGUCCUCACUGCUGAUUCAGCCGGCAGGUUAUUGUAGUGUUUAUGGCCUCCUUCAGUCUGAGCUCAUAAUCUUAAUCAUCGCGUUUUAUGUCUGUGUGUGUGUGUGUAGCCAACAGAUGAUGUCAUGUUUUUAAAACAAUGGUCGAACUGUGUCAGAGGUGGUGGAGAUAAGAGGUGUUAUUGGAGUGAAGACAGAUGAAGAGCUGCUGGUUCAAUAAAACAGACUCUUGAUGAUUCUGCUGCGUCGUUUAGAACUAAACAUGUAAUAAAAGAGAAAUGAACACAUAAACAAUCAUGCCAAUAGAAAUAAAAGUAACUUUAACACUAUUGAAAAGGAUAAAAGUAAGGAAACUGUCUCAGAUGUAGUGUUUUGGGAAGAAGUCUAAACUUUGACCUUUCCCUCUACAGAGCAUGUACCCGUCGCUCCCUGGCCUGCUGGAGGGGAACCCGUUCUCAGAGAGCGGUCAGCUCAGGGUUCCUGAUGGACUCAGCAGCAUCCUGGAGGUUUUGAAGGAGGCCUUGAAUCUCUUGACAGCUUUCCAGGUCCAUCCAGACAUCUCCUUACAGCUGUGUGCGUACCUGUUCUUCUUCAUCAACGCCUCGCUGUUCAACACACUCAUGGAGAGAGGUAACAGAUACUGAUAUGUGAUAUGCUGAACCUGGUAAAAAUAAAACUACUUCUGUUUUCAGACAUCUUCAAGAAUAUCAGAUUCCUAACUGUAAGAUCAAGCUGAAAUAUCUUUAAAAAUUAAACUUUAUUUCAGCAUCACUAUGAUCUUUUUGUGUCUGAAUGUAAGAAUUCCUUCUGUUGGUUAUUAAAGCUCCUGUGAGGAAGCUUCAGUAUGUGUCAGUUUUGGCGCCCCCUGUUGAAAAAGCAAUGUUGUUUGUCUAGUGCUGACUUUUUACAGUCAAAAAAUUCUCUAUUUUUCAUAAUUAAUGUCAAAAUUAAAAAACAUGGCUUUUUUCAGUGGCUGCAGUGACACCUACCCCCUCACGCUGGUUUUAGGAAUUAGAUUUUACGGUUUAAACCUCAACAGUCUUGUUGCUGAUGGUCGUGUUUGACUCUUGUGAACAUAAAACGGCAUUAUUAGAAAUUUCAGUCCUCUUCAUGAGUGUCUGAAAAUUCCUCACAGGAGCUUUAAACCAUGUAACAAGCUUCUCUAACACAUGUCACAUUUUAUCUCCAGGUUCUGUGUCCGACUUCUACCAGUGGUCCCGGGGGGUUCAGAUCCGGGCCAACCUGGACCUGCUGAUGGACUGGAUCCAGAGCGUUGGCUUGGGAGAGCUGGCAUCAGAGUUUUUCCAGAAGCUUUCAGCUGCUGUCAACCUGCUGGCCACGCCCAGGGAGACCCUCCUACAGGUCAGAGGUCAUCUGCUUCUCCUUCCUGUUUGUGCCUCAGCAGUGCAGGCGUGACCGUCGAUUGUGGUCACGUCUGCGUCAGCCGGAGCGUUUUCAUUGUUUUAAAGGUUUCAGAAUGACAUUAAUAAUUUGUGUUUAUGUGAAAGGUUCAAAACGUGGGAAAUCUGAGCUUCACUGAAACCUCUGAAUGCAGAAGGUGACUCAGUGUCAUACAGCUUCCUCUUAUCAAUUUUAAACACUGUGGUGAGUUAUAACGCAAUAAUUCUCACCGGUUUAUGGUUAAGGAAGCGCUAUGAACCCACGAAACAUUUACAGGAAAAGAGUAAAUAGAUGACCUCAUGGUGUUGGUAAACCAAAUCAUAAAAACAUAAGUACCUUUUAACCUGAAUGAAAGCCUAUUUCCAGGAACUAAUUUGUUCAGGGACAAACACGUUACACCAAAGGAGGUUUAAAGCCUCUAACACCCUCUGCACACCUCCUACACAACUCUUUUCUAUUUGUUUUUUUUCUGUUGAGCAGUAGUUUCUAACCAACCAAACAUUUAAUCCCUUCAAGCUUAGCGCUCUCUGAGUUACCUGAUCAGAUCCUGUUUACAGUCUGAACCGCAGAGCUCUCACUCUGCUGCUUAUUAAACACCCAGACACACUCAAAGAGAGCUGACAUUCAGCCUUACACACACGCAGGUAUAAUUGUACACAGGUAUGACAGGUUCACAGGUGUGAGAGGUACAUGGGUCACACUUGAGUUCAGAUGGAUAAAGUUACACAUCUUUUCCUGAUUCACCGGUUGUUCUCUAAGAUGAUGCUGUCUGUGUAUAAGUGCUGUGAGAACAGAGUGUACAGAAUGAAACCUUUACUGCUUUAAAUAGACAGAGUUUUCAUCAGAAAGACGCUCUUGUACCAAAAGAGGCUAAAAACAUUCAGAUGUAUCCAAACAGACAAAUGAAGCCACCUGAGACCAGCUCCAAAAGUCAAGAACACCCGAGCUGAAAUGACCCUCUUUAAACAUGAUUACAGCUGUUUUUUCCCUUAAAACGCACAUUUGUUUAUAGAGGAAGUUUUUUUUUUUGUGGAGCUCAUCCAUUUUAAAGAUGACAAGUCUAGAUGUAGUGCAUAUAUUUGCAUAAUCAGAGGCUGAAAGGUGAGUGAAACUAUUUGUUUGCACCAACUUCAACACUUUACCUCUUUCUUUGUUGACCAAAUGUUAGGUUGUAUCAGCAUUUCCAAUAUGGUGAAUGUUCAUCAUUUCGCUUGAAAACGCAUCUUAUAGGGAUCCAAAAUUAAUUUUGGGUCAAAUGCACAGUGACACAGACAAAGUUGGUAUAACUAGAGAAGCAAGCGGUCGGCAACAUUCAUCCCUCGAGGGGGUGUGUCUAACUCGGUGUUACGGUGUGUUUACCUGAAAUUAAUUUUACGCCAGAAUAUCCCUUUAAGAAACCAUCAAUGGCCAACCAACCAAGAUUAAUGUAUCCAUGUGUCCUUGAUCAACUAUUUAGUUUGAUGAUUUUCGUGAUUUUUAAACAUUAACAUUACUUUUUACUUAUAUGCUUUAGUGUUCACCCAAACCUUCAUCUUAUUUUAUGUUUAAACUGUUUUUUUUUUAAUCUAUAAGAAGAUAACUUUAUCAAUAGGGAUUCAGGAUAUUGGAUUUUGGCUGAUAUCUGACUAUUGUUUUUAAACUAAUUUUGGUUGGUCAUAAAGCUGAUAUAACAUACAGCUGUAUUUGUUUUGAAUGAAAAGAACACAAAGUAUAUCAUUUAGCAUCAGGAACAUCAUUGUGUUUUUUUUAUAUCGCUCCUUGAUCACCAACCUAUCAGAAUUAAGGAGGGGCGGGACUUCAUCAACAAUAGCAGCAAAGAUCGAUGUCAAGGAGGAAGUCACCACAUUUGUUUUUUUCGUCUAGAGCUGCUGCUAACGCUAUGACACUUGAUGACUUUUGUUUUCACAUUUUCUCGUUAAAAUACGGUUAUAUGAAAGAAAAUUUAAAGUGUACAAAUUAUUUAAAACAGAGCUAACAGUCAACACUGAAGGAAUCAGAAGAGAAACGGGUCAACUGUCGUAAUCCAGCAUCAGUGAGAGCUGGUGAGAGGUGCUCUGAAAUUGAGGUCCUGGUGGGCUCUGCUACAUGUGGAUGUGUAUUUGGUUUUAAAAUCAAAUCACUGUUUAUUUUUCUAAACUGAUUAUGAUGAUUAAAUUUACCAUUAAAUAGACGUCUAUGGCUAGCACUGACAUGACGCUGGAAGGUGAAAUAAUGUACAUUAGCUGGUUAGCUGGAUUGCUGCUCUCUGGAUAUUUACACCCUGGAAUAGUGAGCCCCUGAUUAGGCCGUGUUUUUACUGUCAAUGAUAAGAGGAAAUUUAGAUAUUCAAGCUGCCCACAGAGUUGUCUUAAACUGUGUGUAACCCUGCUCUGUAUCGAGGGAUUCAACCUCCAUAUUUUUAGAAUCUGGAUCAUAUUUGACUCUAAUUUUCACCCUGUGAGUUGACACCUGCUUUCAGUUGUGAGUCCUGUCAUGGUUCCAGUCUGAAACAUCUCAUCUGUCCUCACAGCUGUUCCAGGCAGCAAGCGUCUGGUCUGUUUGUGGGUUUGGCUGGUUGGUAGGAGGCUGCUGGUUUUAAGAGCCCCCCGCCCUGCAUGAGCUCACGGUGCGGCUGCUCACAGAGAACACACCCUGCAUAGCAUUCAGUUUAACAUCUGCAGAUUCGGGCUUUACAGAACCGAGGAGGCUCUGCGGCUCGGGCUGAAACCACAGCAGAGGGAUGUGGUGGAGUUUGUUUGGCCAGCAGGAGAUAUUUUAGGAGAGGAAAAGUGCUGAACAUGAACUCUCAGACAUAACAAACAGAUAGUUCUUAUAUUUGGUUGUUUAUAGGCAGCAUUUAAACUCCCUCUGCUGAUCUCAGCCUGUCUGUGAGCAGAGAAACACAACUGCAUUAAAACUCAGGGUUUCAGUUUCAGCACCAACAUGUCCGGGCAAAAUCCACGUCCAACAAUCCAGCUGCAGAGAGACUGAAAACGCGAUGUAAGAUUUUUAAUGUCUGUCUUUAAUUGGUACAUGGAGGUUAGCUGGAUGUGACUCACCUGUAUUUAUCCUCCAGCUGCUUUCUGUCAUCAGCAUGUCAAAUCUCCUCUUUCCAAAGUCUCACAGGAGAGACAGAGCGCAAUGUUCUCACAACAAAGACGAUCUUUUAAUUACAACAAUUUCAACUUUCUUUUGAAAAGUAACUCCGGUAUGGAGCUGUGUGAAAUGAGAAAACUCUACACUAAUGUUUCGUCUAGACUGAGACACUUUCCCAGGAGGCUUUUCUUCAUGUCUGGCCCUGCGGUGACAGAAACAAACCCUCCUCACCAGAUCAUAAAACUGGGUUAAAUUACUUCACAUUUAAAUGAGAGAGUAGCGAUGUCUUUGUUUGGAAAGAGGCAUGACGGGAAAAUGCCGACAAUGAAGGGUUUUAUAAUCCUGUAUUUUUAGUUUUUUUUAACAGUGACUUUGCUCAACGUGCCUUUAUUGUCUGUUUCCUUUUCGUUUGUUUGUCCUUAAAGGCGUCCUGGUCGUCCCUCAGGUCUGAGUUUUCCGCUCUGAAUGCGGCUCAGCUGCACCACAUGCUGAGAGAGUACAGCUCGAGUAAAUCCUGCCCUCCCGGCUGGACGCCUUCACCAGAAGACGUGAAGGACGCUGUCAGGACAGGUAAGAGAUUAAUAGGGAUUCGUUCACAGAAACAUACAAAAUAUCUCUCCCUCUCACCUGAGUUCCCCUGGCAGAGUGACAAUAACACUGUGACAACUGAUCCAGAGUCAGUCCAGGUUUUAAUUUACUGAAUUUAAUUGGCUGCUCCCCUAAUCUGAGCAUAAUGAACUUAAUGUAAUGGAGCCGUUCCUUUAGUUAGCUCUCAACCCAAAUACAGAAAUAGAGUCAGCGACACGAAGCUGUGACUAUGCUCUUGUUGUUAUUUGAAAUUAUGUUUAUUACGUCUGUAUUGAAUAUUGUCCCUCCUCUCUUCCUAUAGCUGACAUCCUGCAGAGCUUUGAUUGCCACCCGCCCCUCGUCCUGCCCGCCUCCGCCUUCCACCUGGAGCUUGGGAAACCCCUCGCAGACCCCGCUCUCUUCACACAACUCACACACCUGCGGGAGUUCAUCUGCCAUCUCUCCCGGCCUGAGACCAGACCGGAGUCCGUACCCGAGUCCGUACCCGAGUCCGUACCUGAGCCCGUACCUGAGGCUGUACCUGAGCACAGCGAAGCAGACCAGGUACUGACUCUCAGAGAGAAUGCGGGACUGUUUCUGUUUCUGUUUCUGCGUCUGGUUCUAAUUGACUUUCUCUCCUCAGACUCUCAGCAAGACCUCAGACAGCCCGUCUACAACCUCAGCCCCUCUCACGGUCCUCCAGGAUCCGACUCAUCAGGAGGGCUCUGACCCGCUGACCUGCUCCUCUCCGGAUCUGAAACUGGCCCCCCCUUCAGAGCCAGCCCAAACUCGAGGAUCUCAUGGGGACCUGAGCAGCUGUGAGGAGGUUCUGACUCAGAAACUGAAGAGUUUAGAGCUGCAGAACUCACUGCCUGGACAAGCGGACCUGGUCUACCAUAAAAGCCUGGCCCUGGACCCUUCCUGCCUGCUGACACCUCCCAACACCCCCCAGGGCCUUGAGCUGUCUGAGCUGGAGGCCAACCUGCAGGAGGGAGCACGGCAGCUGAGGGAAGGUAAAUCAACAUCAAGAUCUGCAGAGUUAUUCAAUAAAAAACACCCGAAAUAAAAAAAAUAUAUAUAAUCUGAUGGAUCCAAACUGAAGAGGGGCGGCAAGGAAUGUACCUAAAAGAGGCACAAAGUGAUAUCAGGAUCGUAAGAAGAAACUAAUACAUUUUAUUGAGCAGAAAUCUACAAACUAUUAGAGUCUGGCAGUUAAUCAAAAAUUUAACUUUGUUAACCGUUUUAACAUAAACUAUCCAAAUCAACGUUUAUGGGUCAUUUUUGGUAUUAAAGCUGCUAAAAGUUUUACUUUUUUUAAUCUCUUAAACAAAGUUCCUAUGCAGCAAGAUGCUCAGUGGCAAUCAGAGGCCCCCUCUUUCGGGUCCUCCAGUUCACAUAGAUUUAAUUGGCAGUGUACAUGAUUGAAACUGCUGCAUGUACACACUUUGCACACACAUCACCAAGGCUGUUGUUAACACUGAGACCUCAAACUGACAGUACAACUCAGAAACAAAUGCACAGUUGCAGCAGAAAUUCUUCUCAGAACAUUCGCCUUUACCUCCCAUGAAAACACUGUGGCUGACUAUCUUAUCCUGGAGUCUCCUCACAUCAAUCAAGACUAGAAAUAAUUAAAAAAAAAGAAUAAUAACUAAUUUUAAUAAUGUAGUAACCCUAGCUCUGUAAACUUUAAUAUUUAUUUAUAUUUAAAGAAUCAUAAUUCUUUAAAGCUGCAUUGACAAACCCAGUUGAUAACUUUCAAUAUAUUAGUUUGGUUAUAUAUUGUUAUAUUAGUAGCGUCCCUGGCGCCGACAUAUACAUGUUUGUGAAGCCGUCAAGUACACUGAUACUGCCUGUGUGCCGUUAAAACCAAACAGAUAAAAAUAACAGAGUUCAUUUGGCAGAAUAAGAACUGAAACCUGGACACAGAGGAUCAAAUAUGUUCAAACUACACAGUGACACACACUGCAUCACAAAGGCUUAUUCAUAACUCCUCACACACACACACACAUACACACAUACCUCCCUCUCUCUUUCUUUGACGUCUUUUCAGGAAACUUUAAGUGACUUGACCUUUGGCUUUUUGGACCUGUUGUGUAUAUUAGUCGGCGGUGGUUCCUGGUCCAUCCUAAAAGUUUCUCCCAACAUGAAAGAGUUAUUUUAUUGAUUGUGAGCUCAGGAAUGCAGAGAGGAAAGAGUGCAGAGGGAGGCUUGGGGUGCAGGAAGGAGAGUUUCCUCUCCACCCUCAGUGUUCCUGAACGCCACCGACAUGAAGUCAUCUUUGCUCUGAGAGGGUCUGACACUCUAGAUUUUAAAUAGAAAUCUCUUUUCCUGUUAGAAUCAUAAACUCUGAAUACGCAGCUGUGCUCAACCUUGUUACAGUACAGUAUGUGAAAUGUGAACUUUUCUUUCCUCCUGUGGAUAUGAUGUUUUUUUCACAGUGUUCAAAAAUAAGAGCAGAACUUUUUAUUGAAGUCUAUUAGAGUUUAAAAAGUUGAAUAAGGAUGUCGCCAAAAUGAGAAAAAAAUGUUGAGUGAUUGUAUGUUAAUCAAUAAUAAUAAGUCAAUAAUAAUACUGGGAUAAUACUGUGAAAGUUGAGUUUUAAUUAAGAGAUUAAAAAUAGAUCAAACUGUGAGAUGGUGAUGCAUUAUAAUGAAAUGUGAGGGUGGUGAAAAAAUAAGAUUUAAAUAUGGCAAACAGAGGGUUAAAUUUAAGAUAAAAUAGGAUAAGAUGAUGAAAUGAUGAAAUGAUAGAAAAGUUUUAAUUACAGGAUUAAAUAAAAUAUUGUAAUAAAAAAUGUUGUGAAAGUCAUAACUAUGAGAUUAAAUGUCAAAAUGAUGUGACAAAGUUUGAGUCGUGCGAGUCAAAAAAAUGAAACAAAAGUAAUGAUUAUGAAAAAACGUCAGAGGUGAGAUAAAAUGAUUUAUUGAUGAGAUAUUAUUAGAUAAUGAGAUAAAAGGUUACAAAAUUAGAUCUAGUGUUAAAAUUAUGAGAUAAAACAUCAAAUGGAUGAGAUAGACAGUUUUAAUAAUGAGGAAAAAAAGAAUUUAAUGAGAAAAGUAAAAAAAAAAAAACAGACAGAAAUAAACUUCCAAACACCUGCUCACAGCAAACCAGGAGUAGUUUUCAUUUUAUUUUAACCCCAACCACAACUCUUUUAGAGUUACAACCUUCAUUUCAACAAGUGUUUUAAGUUUGAUGGACAAAGACAGAGAAAAGUGAAAUACUAAAAUAUGCGUUUUAAUGUAUAUGUUUUUAUCAAGCUUGUGACAUCCAUAUCUGACUGAAUAUUUUCAUCGUAAAGAUCGAACAACAUUAGCUCUGCAGUUAGUUCAGGAUCUUAAGAUCUGCUUGGUCCCGUCCCUCAUCCCCCUCUCUGAUCAGCUUCUGAAAACACUUUCUGUCACAUGUGAUUGUGUUUGACUGUAAGAGGUUCAACCUGUUAAUGCUCCUUACAGACCCCUCACCGCGUGAAUGUGUGUGUGUGUGUUUGAGUGUGCGUAUGUGCGGCACAGAAGGCUGAGGGAUUUAGCUGAUGUUAAUCAGGGGUCUUUACUCUCAUUGGUCUCUUGUUUCUUUCUGUUUUCUCUGAAUGAAAUCAGUAAUUUGUCUUGACAAUAGCUAACAGGCUUUAAAAACACUGCGAGAGCUUUGAGUCUUUACAAAGUGGACUUAAAUAAAUGACGAGUCAGUUUAUUAAUCUGCAACAACUUUUGAAACAAAGGCUCAAGGAGGUGAACUUAAGAGACAUUUUUUUACAAAAGACAAAACUAUGAAAUAUUAAAAUGCAUGUCUUUUUCUACACUGUGGUAAAGACUUUUGAUUUGGUAAGGAGUAAACAUUCAACUUUUUUCAAACCAAUCAAUCAAUAAGUCAUGAAAAAAGUCACAUUUCAAUAUUUCACAUAUCAAUAUUUCAGACACUAUUAUCAGCUGUAACUAGUUAACUUUCACCAGAUGACAGGAGACAGUAGUGUUGCUUGAUAACAAUAUCAAAUUAUUUGUUUGUUUACAUCCAGCACUUUCCACCAAAAUAUCUGAUUAUGACCCAAUAUUAUCUUUUUAAUAACUUGUGAGUGCUAAUACUAUUCAUCUGAUCAUUUUGCCCACAUUGGAUCAGAUACAUAUAAAUGUAUAAUGUGAAUAUGAUGAAUUUACGCCCUGCCUGGGUGUAGCUCCAGUAGCUGCUCUCUGUGUUUUUUGGCUAGCAGCUAAUGGUCAAUAUUAUUCUGAAAAGUGGUUGAUCCCAUAAUCUGACCCAAGAAUCACAGCGAGGCAGUGAUGUCAGAGCGAACACAGACAGGCAUCAUGGGAGUUUACAGUCCGGUUGGUGCGUGGAAUCUUAAUCUGGGGGGGCGGCAUUGUUCAGGGCCGGUGCUGUGUGUGUGGGUGGGUGUCGUGGAAAUGGUGGGGAGGGGGUCUGCAGUGUGGGAACUGGUUGUAUUUUGAAGCUACAGCCACUGUUACGACUGUGUUGUAGUAACAGGACAAACAAAAUGAGAGGACCUACCUGUUUCAUGUUAAAGGGAUAUUCAGGCGUAAAAUUAAGUUAGGGUCAAACACACCGUAACACCGGGUUAGACACCUCGUCAAGAGAUAAAUGUUGCUGACCGCUUGCUUCUCUAGUUAUACCAACUUUAGUAACGACCGCACGAUAGCAAUACACAGAGCCACACCCUCAACUAAAAAGCCACUCUAUAGCUACAAAUAAUGCUCAGAACAGCACCUAACUUCAUCAACAGUACAUAUAGGAUCCUAGCCACAGCAUUAGCCACCAAACAUCUUUUUAACUUUGCCUAAUUUCUUUAGCAAAGAAGGUCUCGCUACAAACAAGCGACUGCUGGAGGAGAGUAGGUGAGUUGUGUUUAGUCUCUUUGUGAAAGAAAUUAAGCAAAGUUAAAAAGAUGUUUGAUGGCUAGUGCUAUGACUGGGACCCUAUAUGUACUGUUGAUGAAGUUAGGUGCUGUUCUGAGCAUUAUUUGUGACUAAAGAGUGGCUUUUUGGUUGAGGUCUGUUUAUGGCUCCUCAGACCGCUGUGUAUAGCUAUCGUGCGGUCGUUACUAAAGUUGGUAUAACUAGAGAAGCAAGCGGUCGGCAACAUUCAUCUCUUGACAGGGUGUCUAACACAGUGUUACGGUGUGUUUGACCCUAAAUUAAUUUUACGCCAGAAUAUCCCUUUUACAGGGGGCUAACUAGUCAGCUUUAAAUGGCUAAUUAUUAUGCUAACGAGCAUGUUACUCUCACACCUGUAAUUACUGAAAAUGUUUAAUCAGCUUGUGCAGAUGGCUGUUUACAUGCAGCUAAUUGCGGUAAUCUUCAUGCUGUCUUUUGUAUUUUUAUGCCCCGAUACAUGUUUGUUAAAAUAGACUCAAUUAACAUGAUUAACAUGCUUUACUUUUCAACAAGCUAACUUUUUAUGAUAUACAGAUACAGAUGAUGCGAAUACUAAUGUGGUGAGCUAACACGCUCUCUAUGACACUCCUAUUGGGCUAGCAUGCAGCAGUGGGAUGUAUACCAUGUUGCCUUCUCUUUAUGGUGGUUGGCAUGCUAAUACUUUUGGUUUGCAGGUGUUUGCUUAAACCUUUUAUCAAACAAGGUAAAUAGAAGGAUUACUGCAGUUAUUGUGAUAUUUUUACUUCAAAUACAGGAACUGUAAAUAUUGAAACUUUCAGAUGGAGGUGAAAAAGUUACUUAGAGGGAUCAAGAGUUUCACAAAGAACUGGGUCCCUGAAUCAAUGAAGCAGUUUUUACAUCAAAUUAAAUCUGGACCAGCAUUAAUCCGGCCCUGACCCAGCAGGUUCAGUUUGGGUCCUGGUUUAUGUUUGACCUAAUUUGUUGACCUGAACAUGUUUUUUUUCUUUUUGUCUGUUUUCAGCGAGUGGAUGUGCAGAGAGACAGACAGAAGACAAAGAAGGUGAAGGUAAAGUUGAGGAAGAGGAAGAGGAGGAGAAUGAGGAAGUGUUCAUGGUGGAGAUACACAGAGGACCUCACGGCCUCGGACUCGCCCUGGUAGAUGGAAUGGUACGAUGAUGACCUCUCUCCUUCAUCACCCAGCAAACAUCCUCUUCGCCUACUUUUUUACUCCUUCUCUUUGUUAUACUUUUAUUAAAGCAUCAACUGAACUGUAACAGUGACACUGGUGUAAAAAGACUCGAAAACCAGCUUUCAUGUUUUCUCAGUUUAAUCCACACAGAAUAAAAAGCUUUUGUAGCCGCUUAAUUCUGCUGUAACUAAUCAGAUUAGACUUUUAGAUUUUAGUUGGAUAGCUCAAAGAACAAAUUGAAUCACACUAAAAGUUCCUGCUGAUGGACUCAAAAGAUAUCAUGGUAAGAUGACAUAAACAGUGUUACAUGCUGGUGUAAGCAGGUAAAGGGUGCAGCAAAAAAUGAGAAACACAAACAAUCUACACACAGCUUAGACAAAGAAAAGUAAUUUAAGAAAAAAUGUAACAAAAUGUGUGACAUUAUCGUCUAGAUUUUUUUUUUUUUUUUUCCCCCCUCACAUAGGCUGUUCAAUUUCUGACUUCUAGUUCCCAAAACACAAGCUUGCAUACAAUCCAAUGAGGAAACUAGACAAAUGUAAAUGAAGCACUCAGGCCAUUUAAUCUGUUAGGCUGGCUGUUACAAAAUCAUUGUUGUUCAUGCAACUUCAACAAAAAAGACUUAAAGUUGCAUAAUACUCACCAGAUACCCACCUCCCCAUUUGUUACAACCUGUCACCCUUUGUAAUAGGAUUAAGUAGUGAUUGUGGGACAAGUUUAGGGAGUACAAAUACUGUAAAUCCUCAAAUACAAGCUUCGUCCUUUCUUUGCUUUUAGUGCUAAAUUUACCAGAGCUUUAAUUGAACCAGGCUUGAUCAGAGACAGGCCUGUAUAUCAAAUUUUCUCUGUCUGAGAAGAGUAAUUGUUCAUAUUUUAUGGGCAAGUUUGCAAACUUUUGUGCCUAAGCAAGCCAAAAAGACAUUUUCUAACUUACACAACACAAGCAAAGAGUUGAAGCUCCACAAACAACACUGCUGGGCAAAUAUCAUCUCUGGAGGCUGGUGUUAUUUGCAAAUAUUUAAACAAGCCAUUUUGCAUUCUUCUGGAGCAAAACACGAUUAUUUUUGUGCAAACAAACCUUAUUGCAAAAAAAAAAUGCAAAUUAAACUAACACUCGUACUAAAAGCCAUGCACAUUGACAUUUCACCAGCUGCACUAGAGUAUGUAUAAGCAUCAUCACGCUAAAGACAUCAACACAACUGCUAGAUGACCUACAAAUAUUUAUACUUAAAGUCUAUUAUUAGUUUGAAAUCAUUUCAAGAUGGAUAUAGACUGUGAAACCUUUCACAUUGGUCAUGAAGUGACUCCACAAUCGAACACUAAGGAUCCCUACAAACUAUUUUAUCAUAUACUGUGUCAGGAUUAGAGCUCACAGUGCAGCUUGAAGCAGCAGAGAGACAGAGAUCUUGACAGUCUCAACAAAUAAUUGGAGCAAACUACACAGUGAUGUCCUUAAAUUACACUUAAAAUCUGACGUUUUUAUAUUAUUGUACAGAACCUACAGAAUAGUUAAUUUACUGCUAAGUUCUCCUUGACAGAACUGCCCACUCUUAUCAUAAAGAGCUGACCUUUAUUCACAAGGAAAAGCUCAUAGUUUACUUAUGCUACAGUGUUUUUUCAAUUGAGGCUCAGUACAUAAAAACAAACCUUAUUUUCUUCAUAUCUCUUAAACCUGUUCACUCUCUGUUGUAGAAAACUCCUCUGAAGAUGAGCGGUAUCUAUGUGAAGUCUGUUGUUCCCGACUCUCCGGCCGCUCAGUGUCACAAACUGAGAACAGGAGACAGAGUGCUCGCCGUCAACGGCAUCAGUCUGGUCGGCAUGGAGUACAACAUGUGAGUACAAACUGAAACACAGUGCUUGAAUCUGAUAUUCCCGCUCUUGAGCCUGUGUGUUUACAGCUUUGAGAAUUUUUGUGUGUUUUUCUUUCAGAGGUAGAGAGCUGAUCCGGUCCUCUGGAGACUCUCUGCGGCUACUUGUGGCAAAAAUCGACUCCAAGUCCAACAACAAGAACUCGGUUACGACUAAAUGCUGAAACACAAGCUGCUGCUGAGGACCGCACAGCUCAUCAGAUCCAGGAUCUCUCAGCCACACCAAAGAAGCUUUUCUCCAGUUCCUAACUUCAGACUUAUUGUGAAAAGAUUUUGUUUUCAGCUUUGAGACAAUCCGCUACUUCAGGACCGACUCGCUGUGUUUACAGUCACAGUCAGAGUGUAAAAAGAGAGUUUCUUUCGGCUGUCCAGCUCCUGUCAGCCUGUAAACACACUGCACAGAAACCACAAGGGAAGGAGAGCCGGGAGGAAAAUAUCCGUCUGUGGCGUUAACUGAAACGUCUAUUUAAACGUCUAAAUCCACAUUUUUUCAUCUGAAAAAAUCAUCAGGCUGCUCCAGGAUCAACACCUGGUUCAUUUCUGGCAUAAACUGGAAUUAUCUCGAAAUGACUUUAAAACAUUUUGGCUUUACUGCUGUUUCAAAAAACUGUGAAACUGCAUCUGCACAUUGCUGUAAACCCUCAUCUGACAGAGUCUUUCACCAGGAUGGCAUUAAAUUUACGUGGCAUUUGUUUUUUUUUCCCGACACUACUUCAUCGUACAAACCUAUGAGUCAAUAUUGUGUCUUUUUCAUCAAACUUGUAGAACCUGGAAAACUCUGAAAACAGAGUUAAGCUUUAUUUUUCUUUUAGUGAGGCUGCAUGUAAGGAGAUGUUUUAUUAUUUCAUCACUUAUCAAACACACACUUUCUGUUGUAAACACUCCACUUCACACCUGUAUACAGUCAAUAUUAAAGUUAUCAUUUAAAUCCUGUCUCUUCCUCUCUGGGCUGAAAUCCUGAGAGCAGCUGAUGGUUUAAAAACACAAAUGGAUGAAAUAUCUCUAAUACUCUAUGAGAGCAUUCAGCUGCAGCCUGUUUGUGUGUUUACAGCACACACCUUCACAGUGUUAGAAUAAAAACACAGUAUUAAUUUUUGUAAUAUUUAUAUUCACAGUAUUUUUGGAAAUAUGGAAUAAAUAUUUUUGUCUUCAAACACUUGCUGGUAUGUCUUUUUUUUCUGUUUCUUGUGCAUGGUGUGUGUCUGUGUGGAUGUGUCAGGGCGUAGUUGCAGCUGGGUGUGUGUCUGUAGCUGUUUAUAGCCUCUCUGCGGUUGAUUUCUGCUGACUCUAAACAGCUCAGUCUCUUUAUUUUCUAUCAGUCUGAGCGUUUAAACACGUUAAACACUGUCAGCCCAAUAAAAUAGGCCUGAAAACCCAUCAGAGAGUGUGAUUAACCUAUAAAAAGUCUAAGGCUGCUGAGUGUGAAGCUUCCUGCUGCUUUCUGACAGAAAUCCUCUUUAACACUCCUGAUUAAAACGCCUGAUUGUUCAGCUCUUGCAUGUAGAAAACACUGCAGGUUUACAUGCUAACAGAGCAAGCCUCAAGCCUCAAUG